AUGGAUGCCGACUCCUCCUUCCUGUCCAGUCCCAAAUAUGGGUAUGACUUUGUGGUUUCCACCACUCAGGCGAGCAUCAACUCGGACCUUCUUCUUUUCUUGAGCGAGAGCCAGCAGCCCGUCCAAUACCUUUGCUUCCUGGCCGACGACACCGGCAACCCCACGAACAUGGUCACUCUGGAGGAGGUGCUCAAACUCACGGACAACGUCAAUCCGUUUGACAUCCCUGCGGGUACAGACUACAGUGAUGCCAGAAUUACCAAAGUGACUGCCGCCAGAUUCAUGGUGGGCGUUCAAAUCCAGAUGGGCCUGCCGCCCGGUGUUCUGCCCAAGAACCUGCCUUCAAUCGUUGACCUUGGAGACGACGCCAAGACGGUCAAGUUCAACAUGUUCUGUUCGCAGUUUACUGUGAUUGAGAAUACUCCAGGCAAUGCGUGGACCAGCGGUGUGUGGAGCGUCUACAGCCAGCCAUCGGGAACGCCCUGGUAUGUGCAGGUGAAUGUUGAUCUUGUGAUGAAAGACCUCGACAAGGAGCUGGACACACCCUACUUGAACAACCACCCGGAGCUAAAGGCUCAGCUGAAAGCCCAGCUGAUGAAUCUGUCAAGCACGGCCUUCAGCCUGAAGCAAUUGCUGUUUGAUCUGAGCAAUGCCGUCUUAGAGACCGUACCCAGGUUUGAGGGUGUUCCGGAGGGCUCCCAGGCAGAGGCCAUCCUGCAGCGUUCGUUCGUUUCCAUCUACAGUGACUUAGCAAAUAGCCACGGGCUGCCCCUUGUCUCGGUCACUGCAGAUGUCACGGGAACCCCUGACCCUUCCCAGCUGCAGAUGACCAGCUUCGAGAGGGAGGUCAACCCUCCCAAGGACAGCACUGGCGCUGUCAUUCCCAGCCCGACUGCCUUGCAGAAAUCUGCUACCACACUCGACUAUCUCUGCGCCAUUAAUGACAAGCCGCUUCCAGGUGUCUCGAGCUUCAAUUGGAACUGGGUGCUGCCCGCGGACAUCAAUGACAAGAGCGGUGUCAUUGCAAUCAACCGGAACAUAAUCGCUCAGAAUAUGCUCGAUCAACUGCUGCCCGCCGCGACGAACUGUUGCCUGCGCAUCGAACCCUAUGCAUUUGCCGAUUGGUAUUGGGCAACCGGGGAGUUUGAUGUAACCGUCUAUCAAGACCAGACACCUGAUACUGCCAAGGUCACCGACAGCGGCUCAGAAGUCGUCCAGUUCGAUUAUUACUGCGCAAGAAGCGACGACAGUCAUUGGGGGGCAACGUAUUGUGCACUGGACGUGAAUGUGACCUACAACUGCGGUGUGUACUUUGAGGAUGAUACAAUCAUCGUCAAGCAGCACCUUGUCAUCUUCGUGCAUGCCCGAGUGGACUGGAUUACUGGAGAUGCCAAUGUCUUUGAUAAGACAAUCACCGAUACGUACACCAUUUCGGUAGACCAAUACGGUGGUCUAAAGAUUGCUCAAACCGCCUCGGUGCCAGAGGAUAACUCUCAAGAGCCUAAUUUGAACUGGUUUAGCGAUACAUUCUCCGGUAUAAACGGGGUUUGCGACAAAAUUCAGUCCAAGGUUACCUCUCUCGCAUCAUCUCAGAUGAAAUCAACUACCCUCAGUGGUAUUCAGAAUUUUGUCUUCCCAGGUGGUAAAGUGUUCACUUACAAGUCUCCUCGCUUCUCAGCACAUCAGGAUUUGGCAUGUGACAUUACCUAUGUUGACCCUGCCAGCACUGUAGAAUCCAGAAGGAAGGCCAGACAAGCUCUCAGGUCCACCGAGCCGACUCUAGGACUGACAUGCUCAUCCGAUAUGCUGUUGAACUACGUUCAGGGUCAACUUGUGUCGCCGACAGGCAACUUCGAAGCGUUGCAGACACAGGAUGGCCAUGCACUCCUCUUUGCCACUGACUCGUCUGGUGUCUUCCAUGUCAUCGAGGAGCAGAGCGGCGUGACAAGUACCGGGUGGCAACUUCAUGACCUAUCCACCUCAGUCAUCACCUCCUACUUCCCCGGAAAGACCGAUGCAGUGGUACGCACGUUUGGUGUCGGUCAAAGUGCAAUCGAUGGCACGAUUAGUCUAGCUAUGGCUGUCUCAUGCGCUGGAACUGACAAUCUGUUCAUGUCGUUGUUGAACUCCAACGGAGACACGUCCUGGAUUGAAAACCCGCGCUGGACCCAGGUCCCCUUCGAUGCUGUCACUGAAUGGCCUGAGACGAUCACCGUUACUGGAAUCAUGUUCGCUGAACUAUCGGACCCCUCGCAGUACUUGAUCGUUGACCUCGAUCGCCUGAACGAUUCCGCAGUGAAGAACAUCGUGCGCUAUUACAUCGACCCGUCCAAGGAAACAGGUGUCUACUGGGUGAAGCACGAUGUCCCCGUGGACAUAGAAGACGGGAAUUACCAGAGCUGCGUCGGUCGAGUUACCAACGCCUGGUCCGACGGUGUAUACACCCUGGGGACCACCGAUGGCGCUCCUCAGCUCGUCUACAUGCCUGUGAUCAAUGACUUUGGAACGGGACCUCCUGCUUCUCGCCGACUUUCUCUUCCCGGCUCACAGGUCCCUUCAGCCAUCGCUACUGCACGCAACGGGGACAAGUCUUCCAGUCUGCUUGGAACCACCGAUCUCUACGCCAUCAGCAACACAUCCCUGUACUACUUUGCUGCCAACGCGCAGACAGAUGGGUCUACGGCUGUUCCUCUUAUCACCAAUGAUUUCCUUUCUGGGACCGACACCCUGCUGUCCAUGAUUCUGGAUGGAGUCACUACGCUCUGGGGGAGAAAUAGCAGCAACGAGGUCUACUACCUCUCGUGCCCGAACACUGAGCUGACCAAGCCUGGAUCUUGGAGCGCCCCAGUUCCAAUCCUAACCAGCAUCGAGCGGAUAUCCGCCUACAUGAAUCGGAUAGAUGGCGGAAACACCAUCUUUGCGUCAGGAAAUGGACGACUCUUCUCAUUGACCCAGGCUACCGUCACCGAUGCGAAGGUGUGGCAGGCGCAGGACAUCAAGCUCGCAGCCCCUGCGACGGAGAAACCGCUGUCUUUCACCUCCUAUACGACCACUAUCCAGGUGACGGAUACGAAGAACGAUGCGCCAGCCGCAAAGACGACUCUGAACAUUGCGGCAGAGGUGCGCACUCCCGUGUAUAUAAACGGUCUCUACUACGUGCUGGGACCCGACGCAGUGAAGGUGACCACAGACGCCAGUGGAUCAGUAUCUGUGAUUCAGGCAACCGAUGACCUCAACGCGGUCACCCUCACUGUGACUAUUGAUGGAAGCGCCGUGAGCACUGUGAUUAAUUCCAUGGAUACAUCGUUCCAGAAACUCAGCGCUCUCAAUACUGAGGACUCGCUUCGCGCUGCAAGCUUCCCGACCAAUACUACUGCCGGGGGUAUUCUUGAUGACACCUCAACCACGCCCCUCGUGGCUGCCUCAACUGACGAUGCCGAUGUCAAGACCAUCGCUUCCCGGAUGACGAAUCUCCAGGACCUGUACUCGAAGGCCCCGUCGAAGACCGCGUUACUGUCGAGACAACUUGGCAGACAGAUCAACCCGACCCCACGGCCCAUCACCUCAAUAAGCCCAGCAAAACGGGUCGUCCCCUCAACGCAGUUCCUUGCCUCUCGAAACGCGAAAAACAUCCUUGACGACAUCGCCAUCGCAGCCGGUGACCUGUUCAACUGGCUGAAAUCCGGAAUAGAGGCCGUGAUUGACAUCGUCUACGACGCCGUUAGUGACGCCUGGCACUUUGUUGCCACCAUUGCCGGGAAGGUAUACCGCGCGAUCCUGGAUACCGUGGAUGCCAUUGUCGGGGCCGUCGUGUGGGUGUUCAACGCCAUCAAAACAGCGAUUGAGGAUCUCAUCCGGUUUAUUGAGUUUCUCUUCAACUGGGGCGAUGUGAAGAGAACCAAGAAUGUCCUCUACAAUGUGGCCAAACUGUACAUGCAGAACCAGGUGGACUCCAUCCCCCGAGCCAAGGCUGCCUUCGAUGCCCACAUUGCGGAAGCCGAAGAGACACUGGGCAAGUGGGCAGGAAUCACCGACUGGACCCCCAUCGGCACCGCUGCCAGCGAGCCGGCCUCGGGCAGUACCUCCAACCCAGCCAAGGGGCAAACUUCGGGCUCGCGGCUGCUGGCAGAUCACUUCCAGAACCAAGUUCACCAAGUGAGCAUCCUCGGCGAUCUUCCGUCUGAAGACGCUACCCAGAGCCUGGUGGAUCAGCUCUUGGAUGGACUAUCCAAAGAAGGCGUCGUCCUCAGCCAGGUCUAUAACCAACUUCGAGACCUAGCCAGCAACUUCAGCAGCCUGAGCGUGGGCGACAUCCUCAAGAAAUUGGCAGUGAUACUAGCGGACGGCGUCCUCUCCAGCGCCCAGGUAGUCGUCGACGCCUUGCUAGACGUCCUCCAAAGCAUCGCCGAAUCCGCCAUCAGCCUCCUGGACACCAAGAUGCACAUCCCGAUCAUCUCCGACAUCCUGAACGCCAUCGGCAUCCCCGACAUCACCUUUCUCGAUCUGUUCGCCUGGAUCGCUGCCGUCGGAUACACCGUGGUCUACAAGAUCGCUAACAACGAAGCCCCCUUCCCCGACACCAGCGACGUCAACGCGAUCAUCUCUGCCUCAACCUGGGACGACCUAGCCGCCCUCUUCCGUACGCAAUCCGUCAAGAAAGUCAACGCCAGGACAGGUCUUACACCUACCUCCGCGUCAAUUACCCUCCCCCAAGCCGUGCAGAGCGCCGUCUUCAUUGCCUCGCACGCCUCGGCCGGCUUCCUGCUCUUCACUAGCGAUUUCGUAACCACCUUCGAAGCCGAGAUAAUGACAGGCGAGAACCCCUUCUCGAUCCCAUCGGGCGUCCUCGGAUUCCUCAUCGCCUCCAUGGAAGGAGGCGGCAAUUUCCUGGUCCCCAAAGCCCCCAUCGACAAUUUCGCCGUCAGUGUGAUCUCCGACGUCACCACCACCGCGAGCAUCAUCAGCAAGGUCCUCUUUUCCGGGCCCGUGCAGAACAAGCUGAAGACUUCCGGCAGCAAAUUCUCUGGCCUGGCGGUGGAUGAUGGUCGUGCCACGGGCGCGAUUGUCAACACGGUCCUGAUCAUUCCGGCGCUAUUCGUGACCGGAUGGCACUUCUACGAGCUUAGUAGUAAGCCCGAGGGUGCGGAUCGGUCUGCGGCGAUCGUGGGCGAGGUGUCGAAUCUUACUUCGUAUGUCUCGCGCGUGUCGUAUGCCGUCGCCGUGAAUGAUUUGGAUCCCGCUACGAGACAGAUUCCCAUUGGGGUUAUGGCGGCAUGUAAUCUGGUUGAUGCGGGGCUGCAGACGGCGGAGGCUAUUAUUCACUGAGAUGGACACUGUGGUCGAUCUGGCCUCGAGGAGUGUGUAUCUGCACUUCAUUCUGGAAAUUUGGGUCUCAUCAUCUUCGUGGACUACUACUCAAGAGAAC